CCGUUCGAGUCGGAUCUUUUUUAGUAAUCGACCAAAGCGCCGACGCACAGGCGGGGGGGCUACCACCAAAUAGUGCUGUUCGCGCACUGGUGUGCUAUCGGCAAGGACACACCGGCAUCAGCGCCGUCGGUCGAACGUCUUCUGACUGGUGCAGCCUACCAAGGGCAUAGUGAAACACCGCACAGCACGGUUCGUGCCGGAAGAGGAAGCAUGUUUCCGCAACAACGACGCAUCAACGGUCUGCAGGUACCGGUACUUGCUCUACUAUUGCUGUGCAUCGGAGUAUCCCACCAGCAACAGGGAUGUACUACUCCACGACAGCAACGGGGAAGCUGCAUUUCGAUUUACGGUUGCGAAUCCAUACUGAGCUUCUUCAAUGGGCGCCUCCUUAGUCAGGAAGAUCGCGUUUUCCUGCAAGGAUCACAGUGUACACCCUCUAGUCCCACCGGUCGACAGCCGUUCGUCUGUUGUCCAACCAAUGGGGAGCAGCCGGAUGUGUCCAGUGUCGUAACCCCUCCAUCGACGACCGGAAUACGUGUUGGGAAUAACGAGGAGCUGGUCGGUGGUCUGUUGCCCAAUCCGAAGAAGAACGAAUGUGGCGUUAGCAUCGGAAUGCGCAUCUACGGUGGAGAGAAUGCGGACAUUGAUGAGUUUCCCUGGCUGGCGCUGUUGCAGUACGAGAACCGGCGCGGUGAACGAAAGUACAGCUGCGGUGGAUCGCUUAUCAAUAAGCGUUAUGUCCUCACGGCCGCUCACUGCGUCAUCGGAGAGGUUGAGCGUAAGGAGGGUAAACUGGUUGGAGUGCGGUUAGGCGAGUACAACACCAAUACGGACAUUGACUGCGUACAGGAAGAGGAUGAGCAGAUCUGUGCUGAUCCACCGAUCGACACCGGAAUCGAGAAGGUCCUUCCGCACCCGCAGUACGAUGAACCUUCCCAUUCCAACGAUAUCGCGCUCGUUCGACUCGAUAAGACAAUCGUUUUCUCUGAUUUCGUACAACCGGUUUGCCUGCCACUGUCCGAUUUUCGGGCUUCCCGCACUGAUGAUGUAAACUUUGUGACCGGAUUUGGUCGCACGCUCAAAGGGAAGCGAAGCGUGAUCAAGCAAAAGCUGGGCAUCAAGGUGUACGAUCACGACCGGUGUCGAGAAAAGUAUGCGACGCAAAAGGCGGUCAUAACGACGAAUCAAAUCUGUGCCGGCGGUGAGUUUGCCAAGGACUCGUGCCACGGUGAUUCCGGUGGUCCGCUGAUGAAGCUACAGAAGGUCUGGUACCUGGAGGGUGUCGUAUCGUACGGUAAUCGCUGUGGUCUCGAGGAUUGGCCCGGUGUGUACACUAACGUGCCAGCCUUCAUGCCGUGGGUACGGAGUAACAUAGUGGCGUGAGACUCGCCGUGACGAAGUAGUUUGUAAAACUGAUGACAGUGAACGAUCAAAAACAAACGUCUUGUUUGUUGUGUUAGGCCUAGGGUGUAGGAAUUUUAGUAGCAAAAUCCAGCAAUUAUGGAGAUUUUAAAUAAACAAUCGUUGACUCUU